CCUUCUUCAGUUUUGUUGUAUUUUUUACCGUUGUUUUAUACCCUUUACGUGUUUUUCUGCUUGGUUCCUGAGCUAGUACUAUCACCAAGAGGCGGUUAUUUUCUCAUUGAUUUUUGACUCGUCAUACAUUCCGUCGAAUUCUUUUCACAACUCUAGAGAAAGGCUCGGGUACCGCCUAUUCUUUCCGCAAGCCACCGGUUUGUUGAGCCCAAGCCGAGCGCCUCUCGCCACUGCGGCGCGCCUGCGGUCCUCAAGGGACGCAAGCGGCGAGGAAGGAGGGACGACGAGAAGCUGCGGCUAGAGAAGUGGCGGUUUUUUUUGAGAAACACCGCACUUAUACCAAGCCCAGACCGUCGCAAAGAUGAAAUUCCGUCGUCCCACUACCCCCUCGGCGGCACUGCUGCUGCUCACGGCAAACGCCUCUGCGAUAAAAAUCGCGAAACAGAAGGAAUUUUUGUCCUCCACCGUGAGCACGUACGGUCCGGCGCACUGCGUGUCCGUGAGUCGCAACCCGCAAUCGGGCACUUGUGUGCUGGCGACGCACUGUCCCGAGAAUGUCAGCUUGGACAGCGUGGAGUUCGCUUUUACGUGUAAGAAGCCCGGUUUGCUGCAGAAGCACAGCUUUGGUAAGGGUGGUUUCGACUCCGUCGAGGAGUUUGACACCUCCGUGGCCUGCGACGUCUGCGGUCUGCCCCCAGAGCUCAACGCUAGUUUGAAAAAACUGUCGGCAGUUGCAGUAAAGCCGAAUGUGCAGGAGAAGGGGACGAGGGGCCCUGAAGGAGCUGCUGCUCGUACCUCAGCGAAGGGAGCUGCUGCGGAGGUUCGCCAGGUGAGUUGUGAAUUGCGAGAUCGUGUUUGUUCAAACCGGAUAGGAGUGUCAAUCUAUCAGGGCUACUAAGUAGCCAGAAAUGUAUUUGUAUAAUUACAAACACCCAAUCAUUCACUUCGAAUUGAUACCCGCUAAGAGGAUAAAAGUACUUCGCAUAUUUUCAGGCCGCCCCUGGAGCUGCUGCAGAUCCGCAACUUGUAUUGGUCAAGCAGAGCAAGGCGGAGCCCGCAGGCACAACAACUACGCAAGAGCUUCCGAAAGCGAGCGCCCUUUUGCCCGCACAACCUGCUAUCCCAGCGCAUUUCGCACAGACCGCGAACUUACCAGACAACGAUGAACGAGGGCUCGACCUUGUCAGCCUCGAUAGAGACGACGAGCGAGUAUAGGCUGAUUUGGACUUCUUGCGAAGGCGAAUGCGUUUCCGUUUGUUCAUGAUCGAAUUGGAAAUUUCCUCUGCAAAGAAGUUAGUAGGUCAACAACGGCAAUCUCUACUUCUUCAGGUUUCCUUCGGCCCCGGUAACUGUAUCUCAACUUGGUUGAUGAAGGACGCAACGGCCGGAAGUGCGGCUGGGUCGGCAGAAACUGUCGCAACGCCGGUAUAGUAGUUCUUGACGGCUUGUUGCUUUUUCCCUGACGCUACGACUUUUUCCGUACUACACGGGAGGAACAUAGCACGACCAGGAGUACUAGAUUGAAAGAAGUGACAUUCAUUUCCAAAAUUAUCAGGAUGGCGGCGAAGCUGCCCUCGUUCCGGACGGAGAGAAAGGGGUCUGCGUCAUGAAAACGAAUUGUGCCGCGGUCGACCCCGCUGCGUUCGAAGCCUACCCGGUCGGCGUGAUCGCCACCGAUAAGACCGGCACCCCGGUGCGGCACCUGUUUGGGCCGAACAGCUUUGACAAGAUCGAGGAAUUUAACACGCUAAUUCGGGCCUCCGCCUGUUUUGGGCUGGACGAAACUAGCGAAGCCGUCACGCUGGAGGGAGAAGUCAAGGUUCUGUCGAAGCAAUUGGCAGACCUGAAGACACAGGUGGGCUCGCUGGGAACCGCGGUAAGCAAGUAUGUCGGAAAGUUUUUUUUUCAGGAAAUUGUGCCACCGUCGCGUAGUUCUGUUCUUCCAAAGGAAAAAAAUAUUAUGCAGAAAUUUCAAAUUUCUAAACUACACAGCAAGCGGCGACCACUGCCCAACUCAUUGCGGAAGACAAGGAAAUCAAACUAGUCGAAGGCAGCCGAAGAAACGAGCAGAAAGAAGUCGACAGCAUGCGACGGGAGGAGGACAGCAGGGCAGAGGAGGAACAAGAACAGGACGAAGAGGUAUGGUGAUAGGGUUUUAGGAGUUUGAAAAUGUUGAUCUGUUUUCAUCUGUGUAGCUCGCGUUUGAAUGAGAAAAUUCCUAAGAAUGGCUGAUGGCGCGCACCUUUCUGAAACAGGAACAAGCACGGUACGAGCAGCAGAGGCAAGCGGAGGAAGAGGACCGUGAGCGGCGCAUGGAUGACCAGCAGGAUGACGACAACAGCUUGCCGGCCGACUGGCAGCCCUCACAACAGUAACUCUCUCCUCACAGUACAAGGUCACCAUGGGAGCUUGUAUCUGCGAGAGCAUUAUGCCACUAUAUCCACUAGCAGCUUCAAAAAACUAAAACUCGAGUUUCGUGUAGAAUAGUUUCAGUCUUUUUUCCGUCUUGAUUGAGGUCAUUCGAGUUUCACCCACGACGAAGUAGUCGAGCGCUC